UAUGCCUUUGGACAACUACGUACAACCAGUCGUGAUUUAAGAUAAGGAAAUCAUGACGUUAUAAAUAUAUAUCUUAUUUCACAUGACUUUCAGUGCCAGUUUCACAAGACUUGAAGUCGCCAAUUUAAAAUGAUUUCACUCGGACUUUUCGUUCUCUUGCAGAUUUCAGUCGCUGUUUGGGGCACCCAACCCCCAAAUCAUGGAACACACCACACCCAACCACACACAAACCCCACCCACACCACCACAGGGAUUUCUAGCGGAGUAGUAGACGCAGCCAUUGUAAAUAUCAACACCCUCUACACCGACGCCCUGUGUCUCGAGCUUCUAUUGGUCGACUGUGCUACCCACGUAACGAAAGGCGAUGAGCAAGUGUGUGGCUCCAAUGGGAUAACAUAUGACAACCACUGCCAUUUUACCCACGCUGUGUGCGAGACCUUACAUUAUGCUGGGCAUAAAAUAACCCUCAAAAGCCAUGGCGCAUGUCCAAACACCACGGCCCCUCAAAGCACCGUCGCCACCGUCACCGUCGCUGCUUCUGCUACCACUACAGUGACACAUGGAACAGGUUCCGUCCACACUGACGCGUCAACCACUUUCGCUCCAACGACGACCACUUCUGCUCCAACGACCACGGACCCAACCGCUGCCAUUGUUCAAAAUGUCUUCUGCAGCAGUCUCGGUUCCAUAUCAUGCUCGGGUGGUUUUGACGUCAUAUGUGGGUCAGACGGAAAUUACUAUCCAAACCAGUGCGAACUCUCAAAAGCCAAGUGUCAUGACGACACGCUGACCAUCGUUACCGACACUACCAAGUGCCAGGCCAAUGUUGGUGGAGGAAAGUAGCCGAUCUUAAAUGAAGAAUAAACGUCUUUGAUGAA